CUUUCCUGCUUUGUGUUUCCAGCAGUGCUCACUCCACUGUAGGAGAGAGUAGAGACACACAGAGACGAGUCAUAGCAGGUGAUAUAGUGGAAAUUAAAGGCAGAGGGGCUGCAAGAGAAAUGAAGAGGCUCACAGAAUGAAGGCAGCUACAUUUCACAUGAUUUUUUUAAAUAUUGGGCAAAAGGGAAUAGUUUGCAACUUCAUAUUUGAGUUUGUAUUCUUUGUGAACACUUUGGCUUCAUUAAAAAAGGAAAAUUUAUGACGAAACAAACAACAGUCCUCUAAAGACUCUUCCUGAACUCUGAAGAAAGACCAUGAGCAGCACCAACUUUAGCUUCGAUGCAGUAAUCUAUGGUCAUUCACUAUGUACAGAAUGGACCAACAGCACAGAGGGUGCCAUCUACCAUCUGGGUAACACCAUCCUCUUUUUAGGGUACAUGGGUGGCAGUGGAACUUAUGGAGCUCUAUACAUCUUCAGCUUCCUGGCUCCUGCUUUCUUAUGCUUGGCAUUGUGGGGCUGGCUGUCAGUGUGUGGCCUCGAUGUCUUUCUCUGGAACAUGCUGCUGAUGCUGCAGUGCCUAGCCCAGGUGUGCCACCUGAUAUUUCGGCUGGUGCGGGAUGGUGUGGCCAAUGAGGAACUUUCUGCCCUUUACUCUGCAGUCUAUCUGCCACUGGAUGUACCUGUGCAGGCGUUCAAAGAGAUCACUGCUGCCUGUGAGAACAAGGUGCUCGAUCUCAAGGCUGAGGAAACUUAUGCUAUAGAGGGAAAAACACCUAUUGACCAGCUAUCCUUUCUGCUCUCUGGAAGAAUUCGAGUGUCUUUAGAAGGUCAGUUCCUUCAUUACAUAUUCCCUCACCAGUUCCUGGAUUCUCCGGAAUGGGAAUCCCUCAGACCAACAGAGGAGGGAAAUUUCCAGGUGACAUUGACAGCAGAGACGGAUUGUCACUACAUCUCCUGGCGCCGUCGACGUCUUUAUCUCCUUCUGGCCAAAAAUCGCUACAUCGCUCGUCUGUUCUCUGUCAUGCUUGGCAGUGACAUUGCAGACAAACUCUACUCUCUUAAUGACAAACUCUUUGCCAAGAGUGGGGUAAAGCUCGACAUCCGUCUGCCCAGCCUCUACCAUGUUCUUACCCCAUCACCACCAAGCAGUGAGAGGGGCAGUGGCAGCUCCCCACCCAGGGGAAGCCAAGGGAAUCAGACAGUCAUGCCAAUAGACCCAUCACCAAGCAACCAGCAUGUAGGUGCAGCAAGUUCUCAACAAGGACAGGGGAAGGAUCCACUUCUCAAAGGCCAGCCUCCCCAGCGACACUCUUCUUGGGCUGUGGAUCCUGAGAUGCCCUCGGAGGGUGAUACUCCUGGAAGGUUUCGAUAUCAAAGAGGACGUGCUCCACUGGCUCCCACGGAUACCCCAAGGCUCUAAAAAUAAUUUAAUCCAUAAACAAAGCCAAGAGUGGAACCAGGGCCUCAGCAAGUUCACUCCAUGCUUCUCAUUUCCUCCUCUGUCAAAAGUUAUGCUUCUAUAGUACAGAAACAUACUGUAAAUUGGACAUCUUAAAGAGGAUUUUAGAAGGGAUUCACUGUAUCUAUACUAAUAUAGCAGUAUUAAUCCCUUCCGCUGGCCUUGAUCAGCAAAGCCAAGAAUAGUUUUGGGUUCCAUGUUCAUACCAUUAUAGUAUAACAGUUUUGCUGUAAUGUUGUUGUUAAGCCUUUAGUCUCAGUAUUUUUGUAGCUCUGAAUGUAAGUAAAAGUUCUGCUUCACCUUUCACUUCAUUUCCUAACGACAUAUUGUAUUUUUGCU